AUGCGCUGGCGAGGGCGCAGAGAUAUUCAAACUGCCGUUGGUUCAGCAUACGAGGGUCUGAUCGAUCUUGCGUCUACAGUUUCGGAAACCGUCGCGGAGGGAGUCAAGGAUGCUACGGAACUAGCGCAAGAGAAGAUGAAGGCAAUGCAAACCCGCUCAAGUCUUGUUGAGAACGAUGGUGACAACCGUCCCGUGAAAUAUGAAGAGACGGAUCCCGUAAUUGACUCAGUGCUGGAAACGGUAGCCACAGACUCAGACCGUGUCGAUCAUGCACUAAGCAACGGUGGUUCGGGAAUGGAGAACAAGGAGAAUGGGAAACGACCUGACCAUGAGGUCGACGAAGACGGUUUUCGUCUUGCCUCGGGUGACCAUGAUAUACGACUUCAUCUCCCACCGCUUACAGCACCACGUGGAAAUCGAGCAGUGACGGUGCCUCAUUUGUCGCGGCCACUUUUCUUCGAACUUGUAACGGUACCCCAUCUCCAUGGCAAAUGCACUCUCACCGAUGAGCAAAGUGCAGUCGAGUACUUCACAAAUAUUAGAUCGGCUAAUUAUAUACUCCAUAGUGAAGAUGUGUCUCCCGUAGUGCUUGAUGGAUGGCUUACUGGAAAGAAGCAGUGGUUCCGUGAUGAGCAGAAAUGUCGUUUGAUUCCUACAAGGCAUCAUAGCGCUCUGCUAGCGUUCGUCACAGCCCAUGCCGCUGAAAUGGAAGAACAUGGCCUGGUGAUGAACUCAUCCCUUGAGCAUAAUUCCAUUUCCAUAAACACAGAAGAAGGACGGGAAGACUAUCAUAUGAUAAAGAUCGAGCUCUAA